AUGAUGCCCACGUUCCUCUAUUCAAAAACCGUGCGCAGUCCCGGAAGACGAGGAGAAACGUGUACAAUAUCUUGGCCAAGUAACCAGCUAAUACCUGGCAAUAAAGCUUUCGUCUGGUACUGUUUUUUUCUGUCGUACACUAUACCGAUGUCUUUGAUAUCUUUCUUCUAUCUUAUGUUAAAAUCAAAUUUUUGGCAAGUUUCCAAAGAGCUUGAAGAAUAUCUAUCUAUCUAUCUAUCUAUCUAUCUAUCUAUCUAUCUAUCUAUCUAUCUAUCUAUGGAUGGAUCGAUCGCUAAAGCAAUCAAAUCGUUUAUCUAUGAUGAGGCAAAACAACAGUUUAUCUAUCGAAUAAGUUCAAAUCCUUUAUCUAUGACAAAGCAAUCUCUGUCGUUUUUCUAUGAUGAAGCAAACCAAUCCUUUAUCUAUGAUAAAGCAAUAUUUUUCCUACGACGAACAAACCAAUCGUAUAUGUAUGUGAAAGUUAUGCAAAUUGUUUGA